AUGCUGCUUCCUUUUGGGUCUCAGGAUUCGCCUGUUUUCAAUUUUCUUAGCAAUCUUUCCCCCAUACAGACAGUGAGGGCCCCACCAAUUACGCAAGUUUUCCCGGAGCUAAAUUCUCCUCCACUCGUAUUCACUUCACCGCAACUCAAUCUCCAUAGACGGUCAGCUUUUCUGAAAAGCAGGGCACAAUUCCCUAGAGUCUCUGCUGCAAAUUUAGCUGGCCCUGAGGAGGAUGUGAAGGGACACAGAAAGCUGAAUAUUCAGCUGAGCACUAGACUAGAAAAGGCCACGAAAAGCAAUAGCCCUGAGAAUGACUUAACCGGAAGUCCUGAAGGAAGCCCAGAUCAGUUCUUGGCUGACAUUGUGGAUGCGGAGUCUGUCAAUCCGAAAUUCUCUAAUAAUUCAACUACCGAAAAAUCUGAAUUCUCUGAUCACUCACCAAAAGCAAAGGAAAAUAAAUUAAACCAUGUGUGCGAAAUUAGUUCAAGAACAAGCGAACAAAUAGCUGUCGUGCCUGAUGUUAUUAGCAAAGAGGCACUUGAAGAAAAUAUAUUGAUUGAUGUGAAUGCAGUUGAACAGCAUUCAAAUCAGGUGGAUGGUGUUUCCAGUUGCCACGGUAGAGAUAUAGAACAUGAGUUGACCAUAUUCCAUGCAUUGACCCACCAGACCAAAGAAGAUAUUAUGACUGAGAACGUGGAGGCUGAGCAGGCUGACCAUUCAGAUCAAUCGAAUCAUUUUCUUUCAGGGUCAAUGAAAAUAGGAAAAGAGAAUGAAAUUCUUGCUGAGGAUACUGGAGCAGCUUUGUCUGAACGAGCUCCGAUAAGAGUGAAAAAUGACCGCGAGGCUUUUCAUCUCCGGGGAGUACAUAGGCGCUCUCUCCAGUUUGAAGAUGCUCAGCACAAGGUAUUAUCAGGUCAGAUGGCUAAAAGUACUUUGGUUAGUGAGGGGUUAUGCCCUAAAAAUCGUGUAAACUCUACCAUCAAGACUCCCAAGCCUUCAGGUAUUGGCUUGCACCUGAACAGUAUAAUCAAUGCUGUGCAAGCUGGAUCUGGUUCAAAAGUAAAUUUGAGGUCAGCUCAUACUUUCAGUAUUGCCGGGAAGAAGUCCAUGCAUGUGAAUGAAUCUCAUCCUGUUGAUUCUUCAAAUUAUUCUUCUAUGUUACCCCCUGUGGAGAAUGUUUCAGUUAGUACUGAUGAUAAUAGGCAUGGAAGUCACUCCGCAGCUGGAGUUACUUCAUUAGAAGUCACUCCUUCAAAUGAUUCUAUCAUCUUAAAUUCGUUAGCAACGCCUGGUAUUAAGAGGAAGUGUACUGAAAAAGCUGGUGGUUCUAAAGAGUUUGCCAAGAUGAAAUUAUUGAACCCAGGUGAAGGCGGUGGUUGCAAGCGUUGUAAUUGUAAGAAGAGUAAAUGCUUGAAGCUUUACUGUGAUUGCUUUGCUGCCGGGAUCUAUUGCGCUGAACCUUGUGCAUGCCAAGAUUGCUUUAACACACCUAAAUAUGAGGGCAUGGUUAUCGAGACACGGCAGAAGAUCGAAUCACGAGAUCCCCUUGCAUUUGCUCCCAGAGUUGUACAACGCGACACUGUUCAACCUCCUAGCAUUCGUGGGGAAGAUGCGACCCCCCCGUUCACGCCUUCCUCCGCAAGGCAUAAAAGGGGGUGCAAGUGUAAGAAGUCCAUGUGUCUCAAGAAGUACUGUGAGUGCUAUCAGCAGGCGAAUGUUGGUUGUUCAGAUGGAUGCCGAUGUGAAGGAUGCCAAAAUGCCUUUGGCCGAAAGGGAGAAUGUUGCCCGAUUGAGGAUGUGUUGUGCGAAGAGGAUACUAAAGAAAUAGCAGAUGGGUCAAUUCUUGAGAAACGUAAAAUAACUGGAAUUGCUGUAAAGCAUACUGAGGUUUUCAAUUCACACCAUUUGAAUCCCUCAACACCAGCAUUCCAGUUCUCAAACCAUGGAAAGGAUCCAUUGAAAUCUUUGUUUCCUUCUGGAGAGUACUCCCAAUCACCUGAAGCUGAUUUCACAUACAUGAUUACUGCAGGGUCUCCUGUAAACUCAGACGAUAUUAACAAUAACAUGAUAACUGAAAAUACCCAGCAAAAAAUGAUUAAUCCUUCUUCUUUCGAACACGACUCACAACCAAAUGUUCAAAGGUAUGCAGAUGAUCCGUUAAUUGUUCUGGAUGAUACGCCUGAAAUGUUAAAAGACAGUCCUACUCCUGUCAAUGGUGUGAAAGUUUGCUCCCCGAACAAGAAACGCGUUUCUCCUCCUCAUCGGCAUUCGAAUGAAUUUGGAUCGAGUUUGUCAGUUGGUAUUCGUACUGGUCGUAAAUUCAUCUUGAAGGCUAUCCCUUCAUUUCCAUCUCUUACCCCGUGCAUGGACAAGUCAAAUGAACCUCAAGAUCGUCAUGUUAAUAAAUGA